GGGACAGAGAGUCGCAUUGACUGGAGAUCGCGAUAUUAACUGCGGACAAUGCAUAACACUAUCCCCAAAUGCCGGGCAAACGGAGGAUUGACUUUCCGUCGAGAGUUGUAUAAGAUGUCUGGACGUACGCAGCUGCCAGCAUGGACGUCACAUCUUGCACUCCCUAUUAUCUUUUGACUAUUUACAUUUAUACCCCCCUAAAUAUGUACAAGUCCCUCUCCUUGCUCACGGCCCUGCUUGGGGCCGCUAUUGCCCAAGAUGUGACUUAUCUGUUCACAUUUGGCGAUUCGUACACCCAGACAGGCUUUGAAAUCUCGGGGGAGAAGCCCUCAGCAGCAAACCCUGUCGGCAAUCCUCCUCUGCCUGGGUGGACGACAUCCGGCGGUCUCAACUGGGUCGGCUACAUGGUGUCCCUGUACAACACCUCGACCGUCCUCUCCUACAACUUUGCCUACGGCGGCGCCACGGUAGACUCAGACAUUAUUGCCCCCUACGACCCGUCCGUCGUCAGCUUCAAGGAGCAGAUUGCCAUCUUCUCCGACAAUCUCGUCCCUCAGCCCGACUAUGCCCCGUGGACCGCAAACAACAGCAUCGUCGGCAUCUGGAUCGGCAUCAACGACAUUGGCAACUCGUGGUGGGAGGCCACCCGCGACGAGAUCUACGAGAGGGUCAUGGCUGUCUACUCUGAUCAACUCCAGAUCCUCUACGACGCCGGUCUGCGUGACUUUUUCCUCCUCAAUGUGCCGCCAACCGACAAGACCCCAUUGAUGUCAAGCAACGGCCAGCCUCUGGUUGAUGCCAUUGCGGAUUUCAACUCGCGCGUCGAUACUCUCUUGGCCGACUUUAAGGCUGCCAACGAAGGCGUGCGUGGUGUCAUCGUGGACACGCACCCUCCUUUCAACGAGGCGAUCAACAACCCGCAGAGAUAUGGGGCGUCGGACGCAAUGUGCAUCAGCCCGGACGGCGGAUGUCUCUGGUAUAAUGAUUACCAUCCUUACACGGAGAUCCAGAGGCUGACGGGGGCCCAAGUGGCUCGGGUUUGGGGGGCGCCGUUUGCAUGCGUGGACAGUGUACUCUGCAGUAACUGCCGGUGAAUUAAAGUCAAAGUUGAAGUCGCGAAGCAGUUUAUUCGACUGUGUUACAUGAUAUAAGCCAAAAUUGGGAUUUUUGAAGUCUGGACUUUGGACGAUCAUAAACAACCAAA